AUGACCGUCACCUACACGGCCCGCGUGGCGAACGCGCGCUUCGGCGGCUUCUCGCAGCUGCUGCUGCUGUGGCGGGGCAGCAUCUACAAACUGCUGUGGCGGGAGCUGCUCUGCUUCCUGGCGCUCUACCUGGUGCUGAGUGCCGCCUACCGCUUCGUGCUCAGUGAAGGGCAGAAGCGCCACUUCGAGAAGCUCGUCAUUUACUGCGACCAGUACGCCAGCCUCAUCCCCAUCUCCUUCGUGCUCGGCUUCUACGUGACGCUGGUGGUGAACCGCUGGUGGAACCAGUACCUGUCCAUGCCGCUGCCGGACGCGCUCAUGUGCGUGGUGGUGGGCACGGUGCACGGGCGCGACGAGCGCGGCCGCCUCUACCGGCGCACGCUGAUGCGCUACGCGGGGCUCUCGGCGGUGCUCAUCCUGCGCUCCGUCAGCACCGCGGUCUUCAAGCGCUUCCCCACCAUGGACCAUAUAGUGGAGGCGGGAUUUAUGACCCGCGAGGAGCGCAAGAAGUUCGAGAACCUGAACUCGUCCUACAACAAGUUCUGGGUGCCCUGCGUCUGGUUCUGCAACCUGGCGGCGCAAGCCCGGCACGAGGGCCGCAUCCGCGACAACAGUGCCUUCAAGCUGCUUCUCGAGGAGCUGAACAUGUUCCGGGCCAAGUGCGGCAUGCUCUUUCACUACGACUGGAUCAGCGUACCUCUCGUCUACACCCAGGUGGUGACCAUCGCAGUGUACAGCUACUUCCUGGCUUGCCUCAUCGGUCGCCAGUUCCUGGACCCGGCGCAGGGCUACAAAGACCACGACCUGGACCUGUGCGUGCCCAUCUUCACGCUGCUCCAGUUCUUCUUCUAUGUGGGCUGGCUCAAGGUAGCCGAGCAGCUCAUCAACCCCUUCGGAGAGGACGACGACGACUUUGAGACCAACUUCCUGAUCGACCGCAACUUCCAGGUGUCGAUGCUGGCGGUGGACGAGAUGUACGACGACCUGGCCGUGUUGGAGAAGGACGUGUACUGGGACGCGGCCAAUGCUCGCGCCCCCUACACGGCGGCCACCGCCUUCUUGCUGCAGCAGCCCUCCUUCCAGGGCUCCACCUUUGACAUCACGCUGGCCAAAGAGGACAUGCAGUUCCGGCGGCUGGACGGCGCGGACGCGCCUCUGGGCGAGGUGCCCGGCGACUUCCUGCAGCGCCUCCUGCCGGCGGGCGCGGGUACUGCCGGGGGCCUGCUGGGCCGGCGCCUGUCGCUGCUGCGUCGCAAGAACAGCUGCGUGUCCGAGGCGUCCACCACCGCCUGCUGCGCGUGCGCCGCCGCCCCCGACGGCGCGGCCCCGGAGUGCCGCUGCGGGGACUUCCUCCUGGACCCUCGCUGGCGGGAGUCCGAGCCCGAGUCCCUCGCGGGCCUGGAGCCACCCGCGCCCGCGCUGGCACCAGCCCCCGAGCCCUGCUCGGUGGGGUCCGUGCCCGGGUCCCGGGGGCCGGCGCCGUCCUGGCUGCCCAGCCCCAUUGGGGAGGAAGAGGAGUCUCUAGCUUGACCCCCUCGGGUUCCAGAACCCUCAGGGCGGGGACCCGGCCCCCGUACAGCACGCAGGCCUGCGUAAGCCGGGUGCGGACGCGCCUUCCAGCUCUUCAGCCGGCUACCUGCUCCCUGCGCCCUCGCCAUCAGUCCUUUGGCCCGGGAUCCUGGAGCCGCCCGUGGGCCAGGCCCUGUGCCAGCUCGACUUCUUACUUCCUGGUGCCUGAAAGACCGCCAUCCUGCCUUUACUCUUCCGUGGAAAUGGAGAUUUGAAUGCCUACCUCAUUGGAUUGUCAUGAGAAUGAAAUAAAAGUACCGCUAGCCU